AGAGUAUCGACGCAACCAGGCUUCAAUUUUUUUCUUCUUUUUCCUUUCUUUUUUUAUAUUUCUAUACAAUGUCAGAACAACCACCAGCAGAACAAUACUCUGAAGAAAAUCAAUACUACUCGGAUCAGCAAUAUGAUUAUUCCGAUCAAGGUCAAUAUGAUUACUCUGGAUAUCAACAAGAGUCAACUUCUUAUGACAAUUACUAUGGAUACGAUCAGCAGCAGACCUCUCAAUACUAUGGGGACCGUAAUGAAGAACAAUCUUAUGGUGGAAGUGAUCGUGGUCGAUCUUAUAGAGAAGACCGUUCCUAUCAUAGGGAAGAACCUAAAGAUGGAGUCCAAAAGAUCCAAGAUACUAUAUAUAUCAACAAUUUACCUGAAGAUGUGACUGAAGAAAAGUUGGCUACUCAUUUUGGAUCUAUUGGUAUAUUGAAAACUGAUCGAAAAACAAGGAAACCAAAAAUUUGGAUUUACUACGACAAAAGCACAGGAAAACCAAAGGGUGAUGCAACAUUGACAUAUGAUGAUCCUCCUUCAGCUGAUGCGGCGAUUGAAUGGUUUAGUGGUAAAGAAUUUAUGGGAAAAGUGAUUCAAGUUACCAAGGCUGAACGAAAAUUACCUACUACUUCAUUUGGAUCAUCUGGUGGACGCUCUAAUAGUGGCAGAACUGGUGGCCGAGGAGGCGGAUACCGUGAUAGAGGUAGUCGAGGAGGUGGUACCAAUGGAUCGAACUUUACUCCUACAAAUGAAGGUGAUUGGAUGUGUAAAAGCUGUGGAUCAAACAACUUUGCAAGACGUAUCGAAUGCUUCAAAUGCCGUACUCGUCCAGAAUCAACACGAGGAAGCAGUGAAAGGGGAAAUGGACACGAUGAUCGCGGAGGUGGGCGAAAGCGCCGAGAUGAUUACAGCCGUCAUGUGGGUGGAGGUCGUGAUGAUAAUUCUUAUAGAAAGGAUAGGCACGAGCGCAGGGACCGACCUUAUUAGCUAUUUGGAUUCUAGUUUGUUAGUUAUUUGAUUUUUUAGUUAGAUAUUUUUUUUUUUAUUUUUAUCUUUUUUUUUGUUUUAUUUAUUUAGUUAUAACUGAUUAGUUAGUCAGUUAGUCAGUCAAUCAGUCAGUCAGUUAGUUAGUUAGUUAGUUAGUUAGU